AUGUCUACUCGACUGGACUUUGGCUUCAUCCUCGCCGGUUCCUACCUAAACACCGCAGUCUUCACCCUGGAGCUAGUCCUGCUCUGGAAUUAUGCCAAUACUAAAGCCUUUAAACGAGACCCCAAGCUCGUCAGAAUACCCGUGUUAGUGACGUUCCUAGUCGACAUAGUCGGUAUGGUGGGGGUGAUUGCAUGGGUCAUAAAGUACCUCUUCAAUCGUGGAAUUGGCCCCCCAGGGCGUGCAAUACCCUGGCCCAUCCCUCUCGUAGCAAUCACGACAGUGAUCAACGCCUUCCUCGUCCAGUGCUUCAUGAUACGGCGAUACUACAAAUUCUCGCGGUUCAAGGCACUAGCCAUCUUGUUGUUCGUGCUGACCAUCGCUUCGUUUGCCAUCCUCAUCGCAGGAGCCGGAAUAUCCUUCACUCUAACAAAAGACUACGCGAAAAAUAAAGAGCGACACAGAAUCCCAUGUCGGCCUAGGCUUAACGUCCAUAACGGACCUAGCAAUCGCAGGCCUUCUAAUUGUCAAGCUCUGGAGCUCCAAUUUCCACUCACACCGGAUGCCCUCGUCAAGCGCUUGACAAUCCUCGCAAUCCAAACCGGUUGCGCACCUACCAUCGUCGUCAUAACGUGCCUAGUCGCAUUCUGGGUUAAACCAGAAUCAUCCAUUGCACCAGCAUUCGCCAUGUCCCUCGGCAGCAUCUACACCACCACAAUGCUCUUCACGCUCAACAGACGCAACUACCUCCGCAGCUCAACCUCAACCAUCCACUCCGUGAACGACACCCACAUGAUCAGGAACAUCACAUUCGAGGGUACCCGCGUCAGCGCCUCCCCAGAUCCACGCUCCCACCUAUCCGCAUUCACCUCCAAAACAUCCGACUCGAGUAAAAGUAAAAGUCGAAGCAGGUCCAGCGUAUUCGCGAAACAGAAGAACAACAGGGCUACGCGCGUCCGUUCGAAUUCGUUGUCGAAGCGGCUGGGUGGGAUACAUGUGGAAGUUGCCCGAACGAGGGUGACAAACGAUAUCUGGACAGCGACGGGGACGCUUUCGUCCUCUGUUUCUGCGCCUUUAUCCGACGAGGAAAUUGACGAUGAGGAUGACGACGAAGAUGGAGACUCGGAUAGCGAGAGAGAUUCGGAAGAAGACUACCUGUCCCUGGAGCGACGCCAAAAGAUGGACGAGGAGAGUCAGACACGACGGCAGGACGAAGAUCAAGACGAGGGGGACAGUUUCGAAGAAAUCGAGUUGCAAGAUCAGACGAGGAGUCGGAGAGGACCGAGACCUGGGUCGUUGGACGAAGUUGAAGCUACCAUUGAUAUACCGAACGCACCGCAAAGACCGGCGCCUGUUGUUCAUCGUAGUACUAUUCAUCCUAGCACGGCAAGUACUAGCUCUGCAGGCGCUGCGCAGCCUGCUCAAUAUAACCCUUUCGGACACUAA